CUCUCCGCGAGAGCCGGCGCUGUGCCCGGGGCGCACCGGGAGGAGGGACCAGGACCCGAUGCCUGGGUGCAGAGACUGACACUAGGGGAAUCCGGGUGCCCACCCCACCCCCCCCGCCAUGUGGGCCCCCGGAAACCCGGAUCCGCCACCCCGGCUGAAGUGCCGCCCUGGCCCCGGCCCUGGCCCGGCAGCGGAGCUUCUGCGGACAUUCAGGUCCCAAACGCAAGCUGCUUCCCUCCCCCCAUUCAAUUUCUGGGGCGGUGGCGACCUAAAAGAGGGACUGGCUUCACCGCUGAGCCCCCAGGCCUCUGCCAGUCGCCACCCUCACGCCCCUCGCUGGCCUCGGCAGCAGGUCCUGAGCCCGGUUCGGCCGGCGCCCUCGCCCCAGCCGCAGCAAUGCUGCACACCGAGGGCCACGCUCUUCUCCGAGCCGUGGGUCAGGGUAAGCUCCGUUUGGCCCGUUUGCUUCUGGAGGGGGGCGCCUACGUGAACGAAGGCGAUGCCCAAGGGGAGACGGCGCUCAUGGCAGCCUGUCGCGCCCGCUACGACGACCCCCAGAACAAGGCGCGCAUGGUACGCUACCUCUUGGAGCAGGGCGCGGACCCUAACAUAGCCGACCGCCUGGGGCGCACGGCGCUGAUGCACGCCUGCGCCGGCGGCGGGGGCGCCGCGGUGGCCUCGCUGCUCCUCGCCCACGGCGCCGACCCCUCGGUCCGAGACCACGCGGGCGCUUCGGCGCUCGUGCACGCCCUGGACCGCGGGGACCGCGAGACCCUCGCCACGCUGCUAGAUGCCUGCAAGGCCAAGGGCACGGAGGUCAUCAUCAUCACCACCGACACCUCGCCUUCGGGUACCAAGAAGACCCGGCAGUAUCUCAACUCGCCGCCGUCGCCGGGGGUGGAGGAACCGGCUCCCGCGCCGCCCAGCCCGGGCGUGUGCACGUCGCCCUCGGAGAUCCAGCUGCAGACUGCGGGAGGGGGCGGAGGCCGCACCGUGCUGUCGCCCCGCGCGCAGGAAGAGGAGGAGAAGCGGGACGUAUUCGAGUUCCCCCUGCCCAAGCCCCCCGAUGACUCCUCCCCCGCGGAGCCCCUCCCCAAGCCGCCCCGCCAUCCUCCGAAGCCGCUCAAAAGGCUCAACUCGGAGCCCUGGGGCCUGGUGGCCCCUCCGCAACCUGUCCCGCCGACCGAAGGGCGUCCGGGGACCGAGCGCCUGACCGCCGAGUUCCACGGCCUGACCCUGUCCGGCCGGCCGCGCCUGUCCCGCCGUCACAGCACGGAGGGCGCCGGGGACCCGCCUCCGUGGGCGGAGAGAGUGUCGGGCGCGGGGCUGCUGUCGCGGCGGAACACCGCGCCCGAGGCGCAGGAGCCAGGGCCCCCCGCCGGGCUGCGGCAGAAACUGAGCCGCAUGGAGCCGGUGGAGCUCGAGGGCCCCGGCAGCCUCUGCCCGGACUCGCCCGAGUGCAGCCGCCCUGCCCUGGAGCGCCGGCGCUACAGCGCCUCCCCGCUGACGCUCCCGCUCGCCGGCUCGCUCCAGUCCCCGCGCCAGUCCCAGGAGAGCCUGCCCGGGGCCGUGUCCCCGCUGAGCGGGCGCCGGCGAAGUCCCGGGCUGCUGGAGCGGAGGGGCUCCGGCACGCUGCUGCUGGACCACAUCUCGCAGACGCGGCCUGGCUUCCUGCCCCCGCUCAACGUCAGCCCCCACCCCCCCAUCCCCGACAUUCGCCCUCAAGCCGGAGGCCGGGCGCCGUCGCUGCCCGCCCCUCCGCAGGCGGGGGCGCCGACCUCGCCCAGGACCAAGCGCAAGCUGGUGAGGCGCCACUCCAUGCAGACUGAGCAGAUCCGCCUGCUCGGGGGCUUCCAGAGUCUGGGUGGGUCCGGCGAGCCCGGGCGCUGAGGAGGGGGGCGAGAGGAGCGGAGGAGGGAGGGGAGCCGAAGGGAGAACCAGCUCACACACACACGCAGCGCGACCGCCGGGGGCUCUCCAUGUACUCGUGGGCUCGGUGCGCGCAUGCACGAGGGUAGGCAUGUGUCCACAAGCACCGCGCGCUUAUUCGCAGGAGAGGGUAAGUACUGGAAUUUCCGGGUGUCCAGAC